ACCAGACAGUGUCUCAGACUCACCGGGUCGAGCUGAUAACUGUAGUUUUGUUAAAAUAGACCAGAUAAGAAAAAGGAGGAGAAAUAAACUUGUUUAAGAACGAGAGAGCUGUCAGAAGAAGUUGAAGAGAGGCAUCUGAAGGCAUUUACUCGGUCUCCCUUUUAAGCUACACCAUACUUGGCGAAGCUGUAUUUAUUUAUGUAUUGUUUUUAUCCUUAUUUUUAUUUAAAAGUUGAAUUCUGAGGAAAACCAAAGGAAAAAGGCGAAGUUUCAUCUGAGUUAACGUACGUUCAGACGUCAUCGAACAUUUGACAAGACGUGAUGGAGGGCGGAAAGCAAGUGACCUUGCCGCUGAUGCUGACUGUCGGGACGGCUGUGAUCGGCUCCCUUCAGUUCGGCUACAACACGGGUGUCAUCAAUGCCCCGCAAAAGACCAUUGAGGCCUUCUACAAUGAGACAUGGACUAAUCGAUAUAAGGAUACCAUCCCUAAAACAACCAUGACUACCCUGUGGUCUCUGUCUGUGGCCAUCUUCUCUGUGGGCGGCAUUAUUGGUUCCUUCUCCGUUGGGCUGUUUGUCAACCGCUUUGGAAGGAGGAACUCCAUGCUCAUGGCUAAUGUCCUGGCUUUCAUCGCCGCAGCACUGAUGGGCUUCUCUAAGAUGGGGGCGUCCUGGGAGAUGCUCAUUAUUGGGCGGUUCGUGGUGGGCCUCUACUCUGGUCUGUCCACUGGCUUUGUGCCCAUGUACGUGGGUGAAGUGGCCCCCACAGCCCUCAGAGGAGCCCUGGGCACCCUUCAUCAGCUGGGCAUCGUUGUUGGCAUCCUCAUGGCUCAAGUCUUUGGUAUGGACGUAAUCAUGGGUAAUGCCACCAUGUGGCCAUUCCUCCUUGGCUUCACCUUUAUCCCAGCCCUGCUGCAGUGCUGUUUACUGCCCUUCUGCCCCGAGAGCCCUCGAUUUCUCCUCAUCAACCGCAACGAGGAAAACAAAGCCAAAGCAGUGCUUAAAAAGCUACGUGGAACGACAGAUGUGAGCGCAGACAUGCAGGAGAUGAAGGAGGAGAGCAGACAGAUGAUGAGAGAGAAGAAAGUGACCAUUCUUGAACUGUUCCGCUCUCCGCUCUACCGACAGCCCAUCCUUAUAGCCAUCAUGCUGCAGCUGUCCCAGCAGCUGUCUGGAAUCAAUGCUGUAUUCUACUACUCUACAAAGAUCUUUGAGAAGGCAGGUGUGCAGCAGCCGGUUUACGCCACUAUUGGAGCGGGAGUCGUCAACACAGCUUUCACUGUCGUGUCGCUGUUUGUGGUAGAGCGAGCGGGCCGCAGGUCUCUGCACCUCUUGGGACUGCUGGGAAUGGCUGGAUCUGCUGUACUGAUGACCAUCGCUCUUGCCUUGCUGGAAAAGUACGACUGGAUGUCAUACAUGAGCAUCGUAGCAAUCUUUGGAUUCGUGGCCUUCUUUGAGAUCGGACCGGGCCCCAUCCCAUGGUUCAUUGUGGCUGAACUGUUCAGUCAAGGCCCAAGACCCUCUGCUUUUGCUGUUGCUGGAUUCUCCAACUGGACAGCGAACUUUAUCGUGGGCAUGUGCUUCCAGUAUGUCGAGGAGCUCUGUGGGCCGUAUGUGUUCAUCAUCUUCACCAUAUUUUUACUGUGCUUCUUCGUCUUCACCUACUUCAAAGUCCCAGAGACCAAGGGCCGGACUUUCGACGAAAUCUCCGCCGGUUUCCGUCAGGCAGCAUCAGGUGCUGAGAAGCACUCGCCAGAGGAGCUCAACAGCCUGGGGGCGGACUCUCAACUUUAAACCCCUCCUCUAACCCCGCCUCCCUCACCUGGUCACUCUUCUGCAUGCAACUACUGAGGAGAAGGGGUUGGCGGGCUGUCAAUCAAACAUUUCCCCCUUCCCACGGCUGCACUCACCUCUUAGUCCCCCUGCGCUCCCCGAUGGCUUCAGGCAGACGCCUGGUCAAGAGACACAGGGUUUGAAAGGCAGGGAGUAAGAGUAGUUCUCAUAUUCCUUUUAAUCAGAAAGAUGAUCAUUUUAAGACAUGUUUGAGGUGUCGUAUUUUGCGUUGGAAUCGCUUUGGCUAGUUUUACUAGGUUUUGUAACUAGAACUGUUACUUCUGCUGUGCUAUGAGAGAGUAAAAGAAAAUGAUGGUCAUCGGGUCACAGUAUAUGCAUACUGAUAAUUCAAUACUGUAUUCCAGAUAACUGUAUAUCCAUCAUAAGAGGCAUGUGGCCUUGAUAAACUGAAGUUAGCGUUAUUAGCUUGGCGAAACAACAUAACAUGCAUAUAAACAAUUUUUUUUAAAUAGGAUACAAUUGAAAAAAAAGAAAUAUAUAUAUAUAUAUUUAAUCAUAAAAAUAAAAAUACAGUUUAACUACAAGCCCCAAAAUACUUGUAUGUACAUUUAAUGUUAAAAUUUAAUGUUCUGCAUAGCAUUUUUUAUUUUAACAAUGUCUUCUGCUCUUGCUUUUCAAGUUGCUUUUAAAUGUAUUUAUAUUUUGUAACAAGUUCACUUGCUUUCUCUAUGAAAUGCAUAGUUGUGAUCACCCCAGGAGGAGACGAAAAGAACAUUUCUUAAAUCGUUUCAUUAUGUUACUUGUCACCGAAUAUUACAGCAACCCAACUUUUUAAUGUAAGGUCGUCACUUUAUAAUGCACAGAUGUACUCUUUAAUGAAAGUAUUAGCAUCAGUGCAAGUGAAUGUUGAUUAAGAACAGCAAAUAUCUGACAUUCAUAAUGUCACUCAUGAGUAAUAGUUCAGAUGUCAGUAGUUUAUGCGUUUUGCACAGUCGACUCCCUCCAGUUGAGGGAAAAUUGUCAAGUUGGGAAACACGGAGAGUGACCAAAAUGCACUGUGACUUGUGGCAUGAUUAGAGUGCACUGAACAGCCUUCCUCUUCCUCUUCAUCUAAUGGAAGAGCUGCGAAACCAGACCAUUGAUGAUGCUGUUAGUACAAACCAUGUGUCUGUUGAGCACCAUCUGCUGUUCAACUUGCUCUGACAGACAUGUUUGGAAACACAGUAUGCCUGGCUCCAAUGUGCCUUUUCAUUUUUUUAGACUUGUAGUUUUCCUUUUUUUUUCUUUUUAACCUAGUGUUCACCCUUGAUAGUUCAUCCAUAAGUAUUUGUGAUUUUAUGCACAUCAAAGUCAUCAAAUGAGGUUUUUACUUAUGUAAGUAUAUAUAUAUAAUCUGCUAUUAAACAUUGUUUUGGUUUUUAAACACUCCAGAAUCAAUUUUAGUUUUUAGGUAAAAGACCUACAUACUUGCUGUUCACCUCUAAUAAAUCACCUAUACUAUUUGUGAAUUUUUAGACAUAUCAAAUACCUGUAAAUGAGUUGUUGGUUUUUUUUUACUUUUGAGUGGAGUUUGAGUGUGUGCAUGUGAUAUUUGGCCAGCGAUACAACAGGUCAAACGAAUUUGUUUCAACACCAGCAUCCUGAAUACAUAUUCACCCUCACAGCAUUCCAAAUGGGAGCAUCUUGUGUGUGUUUGAGGUUUUGUACACAUCGGAAAGAAACAAGUGUGUGUGUGUGUGUGUGUGUGUUUCAGAUCAUAUGCAUGUUCACGUGAACUCUCAGAAUGAGCGUGUCACACUGAAAUCACUGAUGUGUGUUGUGUGGAAUUGUCAAAGAAACAAAUAUUUUAAAGCCUAUGGAGAGUUUGGUGAUUUCCCGCUGUAACUGUAAAUAAUGAAUGUAAAAUAGGUGAAUUUUAUGUCUAAAACGUAGUUUUAUAGUGUAAUUUUUAUAGCUGUACCAUUUUCAUCUGUUUUUAUAAUGUAGAAUAUAUUUCUUUCUUUUCUUUGAUGCACUAUCAUGGUAGUCAAUACUGUAAGACAAUGUAAACAUCUUACUGUUUUUUUUUUUUGUUUACCAUACUGUAUUUAUUAGACCUAAUUUAUUUAGUUUUUU